CGGAGACUCGACGGAGCCUCCUUGGUGGUGCUCGAGCGCUUCCCGGCACUGACAGCCGCGCAGGAGGGGCGGGGAGCCAGCCCUACCCUUGCUAUUUGUACUGGCGCUUGCGGGCUCAGAGCAGAGCCGCCUCUGGACGCGCAGCACCUCGAGCACCCGGCAGCACUGAACAUGCAGAGGCGAAGCGCAGCCCGGCUCGGCCCGCUUCUGCUCCUGCUCCUGCUGCCUGUGGCGUGGGGUGCGGGCCCCGAGCCGCCCCGAGCCGCCGGAGAGCUGCAAGUCUCCAGCCGCCUGGCCGGGCAGGCGGCCCGCGUGGCGCUGCACUAUCUCAACUACCGCCUGGGGUCGCCUAGCGCGCUGCGGGCGCUGGGACAGGUCCGGAAAGCCACGGUCAAGACUAUCCCAGGAAUUGGACAUAAGUACUACCUGCAGUUCACUACAGAAGACUACAAAAGCAGCCAAAACGUUGGGACCUGCCUUGCUACAGUGCUCUACCUGAAGAGGAAACCUCGACCUGCUGUUAAUAUUAACUGCACAUAUACCAAAGAUCAGAAGCAAACCCGAGAAGAUGACUACAGCUUUUACAAAAAAUUGAGGCAACAAACCAAACCAAUCACUGGAAAUGAUAUUCCUGACAGCUAUGGACAUAUUGAACCAGCCUUGGAGCCCGCCUGGGCUUUGGCAGUUGCUGGCAGCAGUUACCUAAUGUGGGAAAAGUCAACAGAGAACUUAGGCUAUUUCAUGGCGCAAGUCAAGAAUGUGAAGCAGUGGAUAACUAAAGAUGAUUCGAUUGACUUUGACUACUUGGUUAUACUACAUGAAAUUCCAACUCAGGAAAUGAUUUCAUGCCACCUCCGUGUCAUUUGGACUCCUGGACAUCCCCUCAAAGUGAAGUACUUCUGCUUGUCAGAGAAUCAGCAGUCAGAAUCUGAAGAAGGGUCUGGAACAGAAUCUGGGUCUACCAAUGGAAUUUUCAAUGAGGAAGAAGCAAAUUUUUAAAAAGAUUAAUGAUGGCUUUUAUAUAAAGAUUUGAAAUGGAAAAAAAUCUUGCAUUAAUAGUUCCAAUCGGUAUUGUGAUAACUCUUCUACACAAAUUGUAUUGCAAUGAAUUUGAAGCCUUUUAACUAGUCAUCUUUCACCAAAAAUAAAUCUCUGUAGAAUUUCUUAUAUGAAAGAAAUCACACAUUCUAUAUAUCUACCUAAAAAUGUUCCUAUAAAAUAUAUACACACACCCUUGAUUUUAUGUCACUAAGUUACUUAGCUGUAACUCAGAAUAUGAACAAAGUUAAUAUAUAGGAUAAAAGUCUUGAGAAAAGUAUUAAUUUGUUCAAGGAAUUCUUAGGGGUCACUUCUAGCUUUGUAUCUGUCACCAAUCUCAAUUUUUAUGGAAAAAGGCAGUGCACGUACACUUUCAGGAAAUGAAUAGUCCAUUGCAUCAGGUGGGUGAAUUUCAGCUGUUCAUAGGUUUGUGAGGCAGCUGUCCUCUCAGGGAGAAAGAACAGAAGGGACCAAAACAUUCUAACAAAGUAGCAAAGCUUUGAAAAUACAUACUUCGUUGAAUCUGGGCUUACUUAUUGAAAUACUAUUAUUUAAUUUACCCCCAUCUCCAUACAGCCUGAGCUUGAUGACUCUGAUUAAAAUAUUUGACUGGGAGAAUUUAGCCAAUAACGUAGACCAUAGAAGUGCACCUAUUGCAAGGCAUUCCCUUAACUUGUUAUAAGUAAAAAUGCUGUUUUCCUUGCUCUUAACGACAAUCUCAGCUAGAUUGGUGUAGAUUUAAGUGUGGGAGGUGAGGGGACACUCCACUUGCCCUAAACCUAGAACACACAGCUUAGGGCAAGGAAUUUUGAGUGAAAAAACUAUGAAUGUUCUUACAAAAAGGACUUUAAUAUGUUUGGGAUCGGGCAAAAAGGCAGCAGUAGGACAGAGAGUCUGGGAGUACUAGCUGGGUAACUAGAAAAUAGCUGUGUUUUGCUGGAGCCCUGCUGUGGGGCUACAUCUACACAAGGCUUGUUCUGUUCUAUCCAUCCUUGUUCAAGGUAAUAACAGGAACUCUGUGCAUAUUGUAAACAAAAAUAGACUAGGAAUGAUCAUCCUAGGUCUUUGUCCUCAUUUUUCUUCUGACAAAUUUGUACUUCUAGCAAAUUGUUCUAGGCUGUCUGAAUGCUGAGGAAGAUGACACUACAUCAGUUUUUGCUCUGUCCAUAUUUUCACAGUUGCCUUCGUAGCCAUGUGGGCUGGAAACUUUUUUUUGUUUUAAAUGGAGCACGAUGUUGGGUCAAGUAGCUUAUGCACUAAAAAUGUUGUGGUCACAGAACAAUAAAGUACAUCAGGUUUUUCUUCUUA